CAGCGUAAAAUCGCGCAGAAUAUUUGUUGUGUUGUGGAAUGUUUUGUAAAAGUGCUAAUUAGGCAAUGGAUACCAUGUAAAACUGGGCGUAAACUAAAAAAUGUAAAUGCACCCGCAUCCGUCAGCAGUUACCUUUCACUCGGAGGAUGUACUUUCCCGUAGGCUGGCCCAAGCGGGUGGGCUUGGCGCUGCCUGGCGAGAGCGCCAGCAUCCGGCACAUCUGCUGCGACGCGGUUAAAAUACUCGUGGCUGCCGUCGGCAAUGACUUCCUGGGCAUUUGGUAUGCGAAUCCGCUCAUUCCCAUCGCUUACUUUCGACGGUCGGAAGACUCACAGAGGCAGUACGGUUCCAACCAGCUGAUCGUGUGGAAGCCGGACUCCCGGCAGCUGGCUCUGCUUACCGCAUCAGGUUCAUUGCUGCUCUAUCAAUUGGACUUCGAUGCCAACGGCAGUGGGAUUCUUAUGCAGGUGGAUCCACCAACCGCGAGCCUCAAACGUGACUCCGCCGAGCUGUUCAUCAAGGAGAACAUUCCCCGUCUUAGCCUUCGUGAGCUCUGUACCGUGACAUUAGGCUCCGUCAUCACCACUGUGUGCUGCAUCAGCCUCAGUGAACUGCUCCUUGCCACCCAAUCCUGCGAGCUGUUACGCCUGCAGUGGAGUCAAUUGGAACAAUCCGAGAACGAACUUGAGCUCCCAGCCCUAGCUGCCAUUAAACUGCGCGAUAUUCCAUUUUACGUGCAGCAGCAGGUACAGCAGUCGUCCGCCCGGAAUGUGCCGCCCUUGAACCGAGACUCCUAUGUAGCCUCACUAGAAUAUUCCCCAUUCAUAAGCGGUUGCGCAGCCGUUUUCAGCGAUCGUCGCGCUGCCUUUCUGAUUGCAAACCAUCUUCGGUUUGAGACCGACCACAUGCACGGGUUCUGGGUGCCGGACGUAGAGGAUGCGAGCGUUUGUAGUGUCAACCACAAGUUUCGACUGCUUGCCUACGGACAGAUGAGCUCGGCGGUUAACGUCUAUGCGAUUGAUGAUGCCACCGGUGGACUGGAAUUUUCGCACCGCCUGAUGCUCACGGAGAAUGUGCUGCCGGGUAGCCUGGGAUCGGUGAAUGAGCUUAAAUGGAGCCCAGACGGUUGUGUCCUUGCCGUUAGUUGGACGAAUGGUGGCCUGUCUUUAUGGAGCACAUUCGGAUCCUUGUUGAUGUCUACUCUUAGCUGGGACUUUGGCCUCAACGUAGAUUUAGUGCGACAAAAUCCACUCAAACUCCGUCGCCUAGAAUGGUCCACCGAAGGCUAUCAACUUUUUAUGUUGACACAGCAGCCUUCAGAAGGACAGGAAAAAGACCAGAGCAAUGUGCUUCAGCUGCAGUUUGUGAAGAGCGCGCUAAGCAUGAAUCCCUGCAUGACUACAAAUCCGCACAUCUUGCUGCAGGGCGACGAUUGCCUGUACCUUAACCAGGGCAACAACUUGGAGCUGACUUACGCCGGAAGCCAGGCCACGUUUCCCUCGUGCGGCGUGAGUUCGGAAGAUGCGAUGUUCAGCGAAGGCGACUGUCUGGAGUUAAAACAAAACCCGCACACGGGCAGUAUCCUCACGGAGAGCAAGUAUUGGACUGUGUUGCAGUUACCACUCAACUACGCGGCCACCAACUGGCCUAUUCGAUAUGCUGCAAUCGAUCCGGACGGACUUCACUUAGCAGUGGCUGGACGCACAGGACUGGCGCACUACUCUCUAGUUACUCGACGGUGGAAACUUUUUGGCAACGAGUCGCAGGAGAAGGAUUUCGUGGUCUCCGGUGGCCUUCUCUGGUGGCGUGGCUUUGUGGUCAUGGGCUGCUACUCACUUUUGGACCGCACAGAUGAGCUGCGUUGCUAUCCAGCGGAGUGCAAACUAGACAACCAAUACGGCCACAAGCUGCAAGUGCGAGCGCCCGUAAUUAGCCUGAACGCAUUUAGACACCAGUUGAUUGUACUUACUGCCGAUGGGAUCGUUAGCCUGUUUAAUAUGUCAAAGAAAUCGGCCUAUGCCCUUGACGUUGAGUGCGCCUAUGAACUGGAUGUAAAGAGCAUCUGCAUCCACCCAGCUUGCAUUGUAAGUCUGACCGUGACGAACCUCAAGAAUGAGCUGAAGCCUCAGGGUCAGCAUCAGGGCGGGGAACAAGCAGAGACCAUCAUCGUGAAUGUUUGCGGCCGUAUCUUGAUGAUCCAGCGAGACGCCGGAGAACAGGUUCCCAACACUUUGCUGGCUACGUGCCUGGCUAGCUGCGUGGAGGUCUUCUGGCUCUCGCACUCCCUGGAGCGGUGUGCGAUGCGAGACUGCCUUUGGCUUUACUCGGGGGCUCACGGAAUGCGUGUUUGGCUUCCAAUUUUGCCGCCGGGGAGGGAGCGACGCGAGGGAGAUCACGGAGGUGCCCAGCGGCUACACAGUUUUAUGUCGAAGCGGAUCAUGCUAAGCUUUCCGUUGAAGCUCUAUCCGCUGGUCGUGCUCUUUGACAAUGUGAUUGUGCUAGGGGUGGAAAACGAAAGCACGCUUUACGCAAACGAACACAAAUCGCACUUCUCACUUCCGUUUGCUGUGAUGGAGCGCAAGUCGCAGAUCUAUCUUCACAAGGUCCUUCGGCAGCUUAUAAAAAGGAAUCUUGGAUACUCCGCUUGGGAAAUCGCCCAGUCGUGUCGAUCGCUGCCUUAUUUUCCUCACGCCCUGGAACUGCUUCUGCAUGAGGUUCUAGAGGAAGAGGCCACAAGCAAACAGCCCAUUCCGGAUGCUCAGUUGCCCAGCAUCCUGGACUUUAUAAGAGAAUUUCCCGUCUACUUGGAGACAAUUGUUCAGUGCGCCCGAAAAACCGAGAUCGCCCUUUGGCCAUACCUCUUCUCAAUGGCCGGUAAACCCAAGGAUCUAUUCCAGAUGUGUCUGCAGUCCGAUCAGCUGGACACGGCUGCUAGUUACCUGAUAAUCUUACAGAAUCUGGAACCCUCUGUAGUAAGCAAGCAAUAUGCCACUAUGCUGCUAGACAUAGCUCUGCAGCAGCGAAAGUGGGAGUUGGGCAAAGAUUUGAUUCGCUUUCUGAAAGCCAUCGACCCAAACGAAAUUGACUCGCCGCGUUCCUCAAUGGUGGUAAAUGUGAAGAUCGCUCCGCCUCCCCAGGUAACCACACAGCAGCAGGUGAACCAGAAUGCGGACGCCUUCAAUAUGGUUCUGGGUCCCAUUGCCAGAGAGAGAAGCUUCUCCACCACGGUGACCAGCAACCUGCCCAAGGACAAGCAGGCUGCAUCAGGGGCACCAGGAGUAUCGCCUGUGACAGAAACUAGCAGUUCAGGAGCACCCACAGUGGUGCGCCGUCGGUCCACUAAGCAGAGGGAGACGUUUUGCAUUGACCUGAUCUUGCAGCGCCAUGCUCGCCAGCUACUGCAGAACCACAAACUGACUGACUUGGGCUAUAUGUGCGCCUAUCUUGACUUUCAUCUUGUCACCUGGCUUUCACAGGAAUCUGAUAGAGCAGCCAAAUUGGAUAAUUUUGCAGGAGCACUGCAAGCGCUGCACGCGGAGCUACAGCUCCCCAACCCUUUUCCGAUUCCCGUAAAGGACGACUUUUCUCAUCUAACCGGAAGUCUUAGGCAGACUGGUGGUGGCGGAUCCUCACAGACGUCGGAGUCUGGAUACUUCAGUCUAGCCACGCCCAAUGGAGCUGCUACGCAGUCUCCACAGCUGCAGCCAUGCAUUAGGGAGGAGGAGGAAGAACUUCAGCAACCAAGUUCGCUACCAGUAAUGAAGACGCGGUCCGGAUCACAACUUUCGUUCGACAACUUCCGCUACCGCCGGCUCUAUUCUUUGCCGGCAUCGGAGGAUGACCUUAAUGUUGAACCGUUACCCGAGAAACUGUCCAUCAAGCUGCGUUAUUUGUUGCAGCUAUUUAUCGAGGCAAACUGUACGGACUACGCUCUGGUUAUUUCGAUCUUGCUCCAAGACGCUGCUUCCAUUUCGCGGAUUGUAAACGGGAUAAUACGGAGCGAGUCGGUUCACACCUGUCGGCGCACGGAGACGGCUCUCAAGUUUUUAAGCCAGAGUACCUUCGAGCACAGUGGAUCAUUGUACCGGGGAUUCGUUCUCACCCUGCAGCCGCACGUAUAUCUACUGGAGCAGUAUAUACAGUCGUUGGGGGACUUAUCCAGCUCGCCUCUCCAAGAUACCAGCACGGGUACCGAGCAAGUCGAGGACGCGGCCAAUGAACUACACGGACUUGAGAAUGAAGAGGUCGAUUUUGUGCCAAAAUCACAGCAGGCAAACGGAAACCAAUGGUCGGACCUGCAUCCAAAUCAAAAACGGCUGACGCGGCAUGCAAGUUUGGAGUCGAAUGGGAAUUCGGCGAUGGCCAGCGGUUCCUCCGCUCACUCAACGCCCACCCAACGUCAACUGCCCCGGCAAAACAGCCGCGAGCGGGAGGGCUGCCGUCUCAUGUAAGCCGCUAUCCGUAAUACGACAGGGCUAAGCCGUACUCCACAUACUCAGCACCAGGAUGUAGAUACGUACUCUAUACGAGCAUAUGUAUUUUUUGUAAGUCCGUGAUGGAAAGCGUUUUGUUGCUGUAACUCGUUAAAAUUUUCUGUUAAUUGUAAGUCAGCGUACACACUCAUCAUUAGAGAAAUGACCGGACAGGAACUCACACGCAGACAACGAAGCGUCGCCGGAAAAACAAACAAGCAACCGUAUAAGCGUAUGAAACAUACGUAACGUAAUCCAUAAUUUAGUAGAUGAAAUUUGCUGCAAUAUUUGUUAAUUAAAAUUAUACAAACAAUAUACUUAAAUAUACAAAUCAAAUACAAUUAUAUUUUUACUAAUAAAUGAAAAUAU